CAUCCUGCCAAGAACGAACGCUCCUGCACCCCAUGUCUCUUCCCAAGAGCAGCGCGGACAUGGCGGCGCACGUCGACGGCGAGUGCCCGGCGCGCGGCGGCACCGCGGCGGCGUCCGCGCGAGCCGCGCCGCCCUCCUCCAGCCGCCGCCGCCGCCGCUACUGCAACGGCGUCUACCUGGGUUUCUUGGUGUUCAUCGUGCUGUUCGGCUUCAUCAUGGGCGCUCUGGUGGCGGAAUCGAUGGGGAAUCGUCGCGGGAAGGUGGUGGUGAUGGUGCUGUGCCCUCUGACGUUUGUGUUCUUCGGAGCUUGUAUGUUUCACAUGGAGUGGACUACUGCCGUUAUCAACCAUGAGCUGGAGAUGAUGGUUUGAUCGAUCGAUCGAUAGGGCAAGCAGUUUAAUUACAAGUUUGGUAGUGCUACGUAGUGCUAGUUUCAGGCAAGCAGCGUACCUUGUAAUUUUGCAAGUAGCUUCAGGCAAACAAAGUGUUGGUUUGGUAUAGUGCUACGUAGUGCUAGUUUCAGGCAAGCAGCUACUUCCUUCGUUUCAGAUUAUAACACUUUCUAGCAUUGUCCACAUUCAUAUAUAUAUUAAUAAAUCUAGACAUAUUGUU